GUGUUCCAGGAAGUGAAAAACAGUGGGUCCCCUGGAAGGGUUAAAGGGGCCUCGGUAAGUCCCUAGGCCCGAUUUUGGCAACUAGCGGCACAGAUGAAAUAGCGCAGAGUUCAUCGAGGUCAUGUAGAAAGAGCUUCUACGGAGUCACUGUAGGAGUUUUUCAAUUAAACGGCUGCGUUCCUACUGAAUCAGAAGAGGUCGGCGUUAGGACCCGGGAGAGCGAGCUGCCACAGAGGCAUUGCAGACAACGCGUUGGGAGGUGAAGUGGAAGAAAGGCAAGAGAAACGGAGUAAAUGAGAGCAUUUUGUCCAGAUUGGUGAGGGACUUGACGUAACACACCGCCGAAACAGCUCACUAUAAUGAGACGGACACGUUGUUGAGUUCCUCUCCAGGUAAAUGUCCGCGUUUCCUUCGCAUGGUUAACUACAAGAGGUCGACAGCUAGACAGGGUAAGCACCAUUGAAAAGGCAGCUGUGAACCCAGGACCCCAUCUACAGACUCCUGCACGAGGCUUAGUGAAGAAAUCUCAGUAAACAAAGCUGCCUGUCCCUGUGGGAAACCUGGAUCCUCCAUCCUGCCCAACAACAUGACCAAUGUGGUGAUCGUUAAGGAGGGAUGGCUGCAUAAAAGAGGAGAAUACAUCAAGACUUGGAGGCCGAGAUAUUUUCUCCUGAAGAGUGACGGUACAUUCAUUGGCUACAAAGAGCAACCACACGAUGUUGACCAGCUGGAAACCCCCUUAAAUAAUUUCUCUGUAGCACAGUGCCAGCUGAUGAAGACGGAACGGCCCAAGCCCAACACAUUUAUCAUCCGCUGUCUGCAGUGGACCACUGUCAUCGAGCGGACCUUUCACGUGGAGACCCCCGAGGAGAGGGAAGAAUGGACUAAAGCCAUCCAGGCAGUGGCUGAAGGCCUGCAGAAACAAGAGGAGGAGAUGAUGGACUCCUCUCCAGACCCCAUGGACAUGGAAGUCUACCUGACCAAACCCAAACACAAAACUAUGCAUGACUUUGAAUACCUCAAACUCCUGGGAAAGGGCACUUUUGGCAAAGUUAUUCUAGUAAAGGAGAAGGCCACAGGACGCUAUUACGCCAUGAAGAUCCUGAAGAAGGAGGUGAUCGUAGCAAAAGAUGAAGUGGCUCAUACACUCACAGAAAACAGAGUCCUCCAGAAUUCAAAGCAUCCAUUCUUGACGGGACUGAAAUACUCCUUCCAGACACAUGACCGCCUGUGCUUUGUCAUGGAGUAUGCAAACGGUGGUGAGCUUUUCUUCCAUCUGUCAAGGGAUCGGGUGUUCUCGGAGGAGCGGGCUCGGUUCUACGGUGCAGAGAUAGUGUCAGCGCUGGACUACCUGCACGCUGAAAGAAACGUAGUCUAUCGAGAUCUAAAGCUGGAAAACCUUAUGCUGGACAAAGACGGACACAUAAAAAUCACCGAUUUUGGUCUGUGUAAAGAGGGGAUCAAAGAUGGCGCCACCAUGAAAACUUUCUGUGGGACACCAGAGUAUCUAGCACCUGAGGUGCUAGAAGACAACGACUAUGGCCGUGCUGUGGACUGGUGGGGGCUUGGGGUGGUGAUGUACGAGAUGAUGUGCGGCAGACUGCCGUUCUACAACCAGGACCAUGAGAAGCUGUUUGAGCUCAUCCUCAUGGAAGACAUUCGCUUCCCUCGGACGCUCGGUCUCGAAGCACGCUCCCUGCUUUCUGGUCUUCUCAAGAAAGACCCGCUGCAAAGGUUAGGUGGAGGGCCUGACGAUGCGAAGGAAAUCAUGCAGCACAAGUUCUUCGCAGGAAUUGAAUGGCAAGAUGUUUAUCAAAAGAAGCUGGUCCCGCCAUUUAAACCCCAAGUUACCUCAGAGACGGACACACGAUAUUUUGACGAGGAGUUCACAGCACAGACCAUCACUAUUACACCACCCGGGCAAGAUGACAGUAUGGAGUCCUUCGACAGCGAGCGGAGGCCCCACUUCCCCCAGUUCUCCUACUCAGCUAGUGGUACCACCUAAGUGACUCUCAGACAUUCCUCUGGUCCCGCCAUCUCCCCUCACCCUCCACCUGACUACACUCCCAGAAUGGUCGGGACCGCAGCCCCAUCCUCCUGGCAUUGUCUGCAGAUGGCGUCGAUGUAACAUUUACAAUCUGCAAGUUGCGUUUUUACAGGAAGGAGGAAAUGCAAAACAAAACAAAGAUAACUAUAGUUGUUCUGUGUGGCCUUUGAAGACUGACCACGAGGAGAGAGCGCAUUAACACUACCCUGCAGCUCCUGGUUAUUAUGUACCGAGCAGACAUCCAUACACCAUAAUGAAUUGGGAAGUGUGGUUCUGUUAUGCCACUGUUGUGAAUUUUGAUUAGGGGCCAUUUUAUAUUGAACAUGCACAGUUAAACAUGAACCAACCAUUUCAGAUGUAUGAAAGGCACGCUGUGGACCAAAACUAUCAUGUGAGCAGUGUGUGUUGUUUGGUGAGUGGGUCAUGAAACGUGCUCUGAACAAUUCACCAACCAUUCAGACCAAGAUAUUUUCUAACUUCAAGCGUGAAUGUACCGUGUAAAAUAAAGUUGAUGUUGAUGAUGCAUA